UUUGCAGUUAAUCUUGUCAUCUUUAAACUUGAUCCGUGGCUACAGGGCGUAGUGCUUCUUCCUGGACCACAUUUGUAGAGUUGUAAGAACCGUCGUUUGGUUAACCAGGUCAAGUUUGAGUUAUAGACGUAAAUUAACGAGAUGGCAGCACAGCUGGGUCGUGAAGCCCCACGUCUGCCGGACACCGGCCGCGCGGUCAUGUCAUGAGUCGUGGCAUGGAGGAUUCGCCAUCAAAGUCUCCUCUGUCGCCGAAGCGCGGCGGUUUCGUGUACGCGCGGACGCAGCGCUACAUGCAAGCAAUCAAAAACACUGUGACGCCAAAGCACCAUCCGUCGCGUGAGAAACCGCGCCACGCCAGCGGAAGCCAGACGCCCGAGAGCAGCGCGUCCGAGUCCUCGCAGUCGCGGGGCGGCGAGAAACAAGCGAACGCGAGCUCGCUGCCGCGCGGCGUCGCCGCCGCCGACGGCUACGUCAUCCACAAGUCGUCGAACUCGUCGUCGCUAUCCAACAUCUUCAAGAAGCUGUCGCCGAAGUUUCGGCGCACGAAGAAGGGCGACAAGAUCGUGUCGAUCUACGACGACACGCGCCGCCAGUCGAACAGCAGCUUCGAGGGAUACGAGAGCGACAGCGCCCUCGAGAAAUCGCACAAACAGACAGCGGCGGCGAGCAGCAAGCAGACUUUUGUGCCCGCACGCCCGGCCGCUGCCGUCUCGCGCGAGACGCCGUCACCACAGCUGACGCUGUCGUCGCCCGAGAGCGGACCGCCGCGCGGCAGCGGCUCGUUCGAGCGGCCGUCGUCAGAGACGCCGCGCCGGCCUGCCGCGCAGAGCCCCGGGUCGAACCGCCGCUCGGCCGACCUCAAGCCGCCGGCGAGCCUCAGCCUGCGCACGAACCUAACGCGGUUGACGCGGCAGCCGACGGACGACUCGAUCGGCGCAUGUUCGCUGAACGUGGGCGGCGCGACGAGCAGCGAAUCGCUGAAUUCGUCGCAGGCGGGGCCGCGGCGCGCGUUCAUGGACACGUCGAUCAUCACGAUCGGCUCGUGCUCGCUGAACGUCGACGCGACGAGCGGCGAUUUGUCGACGAAGGAGGGCGAGCGGUCGUCAGCGUCGCAGCGCAGUCUGAUCAGCGACGACCGAAUCACGACGACGAUAUCCGAGGCGGAGGAGACGAUGAGUAAAGCCGCUGCAGCGGGAGCACCGGCGGGGGUGGCGGGAGCACCGGCGGGGGAUCACGGGGGCCGCGACGGCAUGGAGGACGCGCGCCACCAGCCGUCGUACGUCGGCAUCAGCUGCCUCGUGAGCGGCUACCCCCGCAAGGCGUACACGCCGAUGCACGAGCAGACCGACCGCAUCAACUCGCGCGCGAUCGAAGAAGGUCGCAAGACGCCGACCCGCUUCCGAUCACCAAUGCGCCCCUCCCCCGCGGCGGUGGCGAGUCCGGAGCAGAACGGCGGCGCUCUGUCGCCGGACAGUGGCACCAACUAUGUGCGCAGCCGCGUCAGUCGGUACCAGAGCGACGCGCGGUCGCCGCCCGACGUCUGGGAGCGCGCGAAUGACGUCGCCGCGGCGACGCGCGGCGGCAGGAGCGCCGCGGGAAGACACGUCGCGACGGCGGACGCUCGGAGCGAGGCGGCGGGCGUUUCCGACGUGAAGAAAAGCCCGGCGCCGGUGAAACCGAGGCGGCUCGUGUCGCCGACGAAGGUCGUCAUCGAGUUGGAUGGCGGCGCGGCGGUGCGGCCGGUCGUGACGCCCGUUGGCGACGUGCCGACGUCGCCGUCGCACGCCAAGCAGUCGCCGUCCUUCAACAAACUGGCUCAGUUCAUCGAGGGCCGGGACGGCGCGGCCGCUAAGACUGCCUCGCCAGGUGGCGCUGCUCCGAAACCCACGCUGCCGAGGAAGCCCGCGCAUCUGACGUCGCCGGUCGUCUCGCCGGCGAAACCUCUUCCUGAUUUUCCCGUCGCGCUCGUCAACGACGUUUUCGAGAACGGGAAUUCUCCCGGCGCGUCGCCGACUUCCAACCACAACCAGGAGAACGGUUUCCAAAACGGCGACAUCAACAUUAAAGACGGCCACUAUUUUCUCAAAGUCGCCGACGACGAGACGAUGAGGAUCAGAGCGCUGUGCACUGCCUUCGAAAGCGAGUUGAACGAGAGAGAAACAUGCUUACCCGAAGAUGCAAGUGGAAAGGUGAGAGCUGCCACUGGCAAAGCAAGCCUGCUGAUCAACAAAAGGUUCAAGCAGUUCAUUGGGUUGUGCAACCAAAAUAUAAGUCAGGACGCCGACACGCCAUUCCCGACGACUGCCGAGGACCUGGCCGGCUUCUGGGACAUGGUGCUGCUGCAAGUGCACGACGUCAACAACCUCUUCGCCGAGCUGAAGCGACUCCGCACUGCCGGCUGGGUCAUGUCCAGCCCCGUGCACGCUGCCACGCCGUCCGCCAAGUCACCGGCCGGCACCAAGACGCGCCUGAAGUCGAAGGCGGCGGCCGGGCAGAGCAAGGCGAAGUCUCGCGAGGCGGCGGAGAAGGCGCGGGAGCAGGCGCGCCGGCGGCUCGCGCACGCCAAGCGAGAGGCGCGCAAGCGAACGCCGUCCGGCAGCGACACGGUCGAGUUUUUCGUCUCCGAGAAGUAGUCGUUAUCGCCUGGUUUUGUUAUCAAUAUUUUAUGGGCGGCGGCGGAGUCGGAGGGAAGGGGGGCGAUUCUCGGAUUGCCUCUGCGUCGGGGAAGGAGGGGGGCGGCGGGGGCGCACUGGUGCAUUAACGUGAUUAUCGUUACGCGUAGCAAUUAACUUAUAAGUUUCAUAUUUUCUUGUUGAUUUCGUUUAUUUUUAUUUUUUGUCUGUUUUUAUUAUUGUGAUCAUGUACCUACUUGUGUGUGGUGUGGUACCGUCAGAUAGUCGAUUCGAUAUAACAUGGUUACGUCAAAAAAUGACGAUUUUCGCGGAGAUGCUAACUGCCAUAUAUUAAAAUUGCAUUUUAGACAAUAAAGUCAAUAGGAAAUUCUGUUAUCUUUUCAUGAUAACUUGAUAAAAUUGCUGUAAACUUAGCUGUUAUUUCUUCUCGAGACAGGAAAAGUGAUGACAUUAAAAGCAAAAGUCAAUCCAUUUUUUGCACUGGAAAGAUGGGCAUCUUAAUCUAUGUCAUAAAAGCUUUCUGGAAUCCCACGUGAUAUUCAGUUAAUCGCCAUUUAAUCGACAGCAUUUUGCCCUGGUUUGUAUUUAGACGUUUUAUACUGGGAAGUCGUAGGGAUACCCACAUGAAUUUGGGUAGUAUGAAUACAACGAUAUAUUGUACUGUUCACUCUAAUCAUCAGCAGAGUGUGCUACUAUCUCGUUUGCUGAGUGAAAUCGUGAUGAGUCCACUUGGACAUAUGUCACAAGGGACAAUGAGAGAGGAGGUCACGUAAUAUUAAGUAAUUGAUUCUAUUCCUGUAAGGAUUUUAUGCGUUGCAAUAAUACCCGGCAAUCCGCGUGCAUCGCAAGCGCAUUUAUUUAUGAAUUCUGUGGUUCGGUGAAUACCUGAUGGUAAUACUUGCGCGUUUUAUCUGAUUUGUGAGGAAGAAAACGGUUGUGUGACAUUGGUUGUACGUACCGUAUAGGUGCCAUAGAUUCGGUUUUACGACUGAGAUUUCGUAGUUAAAUAUGUAUAGGUUGCAGUAAAAUGCUUUCACUUCGGUAGGAAGAGGAAUGUCCCACAGGUCUGCGUAUUCUGAUGCAACUAGCUGUUCACUAGUGAUGUACAUAAAUUCGGCUUCUAUACACAUGCUGUACAGGCUCAACUCGCCUAAGCUAUUAUAGUUUACCCUCCUGCAUAACUCUUAGUAACUAUUAGUAACGCAGUGGUAAAUGCAAGCGUUGUUUCCGGGUGUGUAAUAGCAAGUGGUCUAUAACAGGUGCUAACGGAGACCAGGUCGUGUAUUAAAGGUAUUUGUGUGUUAAGUUCUCUCCGAUCGGACUGUAUAUAUAUAUAUAUGUAAUCGUAAGUUAUCCCGAGCAGGUAAUGUUGCGUUCACUUCAUCACAAACUUAACGAACCUUUUCAUCGAUCGAUUUUUUAAAUCAUGUCAUGAUCCUCGGUCAUAUUAUAGCCUCGAUUCCUUACUUACGUUUUUAUUUAAUCUGUGAUUUGCUAUUAUUAAUUUAUGCGCAUACUAUCAUACAUUUUAAGCGAUAUGUAACCGAGCACUUUUUAAAUACAUAGCGUUCAAAUAUGCGUUCAUAUUAUAGGCGUAUAUUGGAAAAACAAUUAUUCUUUAAUAAAAGUAGCUUUGCCAGUUUAGUUUAUACGGUC